ACCGAACAGGUCAACCUUGGGAUUAUCAGGGGCAGGCCUGGUCUUGAAUCUGGAGUCUUUUGGGGCCAAACCUGAAGCCUCACAAACAAGACAAAUACAAAACGACUAUCUUUGGGGUUGAACACGGAUCUAGAAGCUACCCUCGCACAACACAACCACCCCCCUCCCUAUCUUACCCUCUCAUCAAGCCGCAUCCACAUCUCAUCCCAGUCUCCUCUUCCGCCAUGAACGCCGUCAACGUCGACACGCCCGAGAUCCGCGCGGCCUACGAUGCCGUGCGGUCCGACAAGGACAGCACCAACUGGCUGCUGCUGACGCCGUCGGGCAAGGAGGCCGAGCUGACGACGGGCACCGAGGGCUGGGACGAGUUCGUGUCCAAGCUCGACGACGCCAAGGACCAGUACGGCUACGCGCGCGUCGAGUACGCAAACGACAGCGAGAGCACCCGCACCAAGUUCGUGCUCGUCAUCUGGAACGGCAAGAACGUCGAGGGCAACAUCGGCAAGCGCCGCUUCGGCAUCAUCAACCAAAAGAACGCCGUCAUGCGCGUCAUGAACCACUACAGCCUCGACAUACAGACCGAGGACAAGAGCGAUCUGAAGAAGGACGACGUCGUCAAGGAGUUGAGGAGGACCGGCGGCGCUGAUUACAACGGUGGAAGGGGUUAGUCGCCCUGUGGACGGGAGGGACAUUUGUGUGCGUUGCCGAGUUUGCGAGGAACUGAGGAGACAUCAAUUUGGCCCGCUCUGGAGAAAAAAAGGAAGAAAAAAAAUUUCUUGGAUCCGGGCUUCCAUUUCGUGGCGUCAAAUAGCCGGCGUUUAGAGGAUGGGUUGGAUAUUUGUCAUGUUAUCCAUAGUAGAAGCGCAUCUUUCAUUCAUGACUUUGAUUA